UUUUUCUCUUGUUUGUUUGAUCCUCUACGUAUACUCUGUUCUUCUUCUCUCUUCAGAUAAAACAAGUCUUGCAAAAUUAAGAUCUGAUGUCUUAUCGAUUGCUAAGUGUGGAUAAGGAGGAACCUGGUUUGAAGGAACGUAACUACUUGGGUCUGUCUGAUUGUUCCUCUGUUGAUAGCUCAACUAUUCCCAAUGUUGAGAAGAGCAAUCUCAAUUUCAAAGCUACUGAACUGAGGCUAGGUCUUCCUGAGUCGCAAUCUCCUGAGAGAGAGACUGAUUUCGGUUUGCUGAGUCCGAGAACACUCGAUGAGAAACUUCUCUUCCCGUUGCUACCUUGUAAAGACAAUGCUUCUGCUACUACAGGGCACAAGAAUGUUGUUUCUGGUAACAAGAGAGGAUUUGCUGAUACUUGGGACGAGUUUUCGGGUGUGAAAGGAUCUGUUAGACCUGGAGGAAUCAACAUGAUGUUGUCGCCGAAAGUUAAGGAUGUCCCGAAGAGUAUUCAAGAUGAAAGAUCUCAUGCUAAGGGUGGUGGCUUGAACAAUGCACCAGCUGCCAAGGCACAGGUUGUUGGUUGGCCUCCAAUCAGAUCAUACCGGAAGAAUACAAUGGCUUCUUCUACUUCGAAGAACACUGAUGAAGUUGAUGGGAAACCGGGUCUUGGUGCUCUGUUUGUGAAAGUGAGCAUGGAUGGUGCUCCGUAUCUGAGAAAGGUCGACUUGAGAACUUAUACUUCUUAUCAACAGUUGUCUUCUGCGCUUGAGAAAAUGUUCAGCUGCUUCACUCUUGGUCAAUAUGGACUUCAUGGAGCUCAAGGGAGGGAAAGAAUGAGCGAGAUCAAACUGAAGGAUCUUCUUCAUGGAUCAGAAUUCGUGCUUACUUAUGAAGACAAAGACGGUGAUUGGAUGCUCGUUGGAGAUGUCCCGUGGGAGAUAUUUACUGAAACAUGCCAGAAACUGAAGAUCAUGAAGGGCUCUGACUCUAUUGGAUUAGCUCCAGGUGCAGUGGAGAAAUCGAAGAACAAAGAGCGGGUUUGAAACAAAGAGGCUCAAGACAAAAACACUAUGCACAGUUCCUAUGUUAAAGUCUUCUUUUACUGAUGUUUGAAAACUCUUUAGUCUUUUUACUAAUUUGUGUUGUUAAGACUUUGGAUUCUCUUAUUUGUGUGUGCUUGUUCAGAACAAAUACAUUCUUCUUAUGUGUGUUUUCUACUUUGAUCUUCAAGACUUUUUCUCCAUAUAGUUUAGAUUGAAGACCAACUUUUGCUCUCUAUAAUUAUAUGCAAAACUUUGAUUUGUUUAUUGUGUUACUACAAAAGUCUCUUAAGUGAUAAUUAGGAUAAAAGUUGGUUAUUGAU